CUUUGGAGCUUGUCCCUGUCCCCAGAGAGUCCGGAGCCUCCGGUGCCUUUGUCCAACCGGAGGCCCAGGGGCCUGGAGGGCGCUCUCUCAGGUGUACAGGGCUGAGGGCGGAGCGCAGACCACCUCCUCCCUGCCUGCACCAGAGCAGAGCCCAGGCAGAAGGCCCCCCAACGGCUUCCUGUUGUGGGCCCAGACCAAGUCCUCCUCAGCCACAGGCUGCAUCCUCCUCCCCUGCUGUGUGGCCACGCUGGCCCCACCCUCUGCAGCCUCCAAUCCUGAGGGCCUGGAGUAGGAUGGGGAAGCAGCUGGCCCGGCCACCCCUGCGCUGCCCCCCUGCUGCAAGGGAUGCUGGCCCUAAGAAGAAGCCGCUUCCUCAGAGGAGCCAAGUGUUGUGAAUGCAGUGCCUCCCUCUCGCACCAGUACUACGAGAAGGAUGGGCAGCUCUUCUGCAAGAGGGACUACUGGGCCCGCUAUGGAGAGUCCUGCCACGGGUGCUCGGAGCACAUCACCAAGGGGCUGGUCAUGGUGGCCGGGGAGCUGAAAUACCACCCCGAGUGCUUCAUCUGCCUCACGUGCGGGACCUUCAUCGGUGACGGGGACACCUACACGCUGGUGGAGCACUCCAAGCUGUACUGUGGACAUUGCUACUACCAGACCGUGGUGACCCCUGUCAUCGAGCAGAUCCUGCCCGACUCCCCCGGCUCCCGCCUGCCCCACACAGUUACCCUAGUAUCCAUCCCAGCCUCAGCUCAUGGCAAACGUGGCCUCUCAGUCUCCAUCGACCCCCCACACGGCCCGCCAGGCUGCAGCACAGAGCACUCCCACACCGUCCGCGUCCAGGGGGUGGACCCAGGCUGCAUGAGCCCAGAUGUGAAGAAUUCCAUCCAUGUCGGAGACCGGAUCCUGGAAAUCAAUGGCACGCCCAUCCGGAAUGUGCCCCUGGAUGAGAUUGACCUGCUGAUCCAGGAGACCAGCCGCCUGCUCCAGCUAACUCUUGAGCACGACCCCCAUGACACGCUGGGCCAUGGGCCGGGGCCUGAGCCCAGCCCCCUGGCCUCCCCAACUCUUACUCCCAGCGGGGAACUGGGCAGCUCUCCCCGGCAGAAGCCUGUCUUGAGGAGCUACAGCAUCGACAGGUCUCCGGGUGCUGGCUCACUGGGCUCCCCAGCCUCCCAGCGCAAGGACCUGGGGCGCUCCGAAUCCCUGCGCGUGGUCUGCCGGCCACACCGCAUCUUCCGGCCAUCGGACCUCAUCCAUGGGGAGGUGCUGGGCAAGGGCUGCUUCGGCCAGGCCAUCAAGGUGACGCACCGGGAGACAGGCGAGGUGAUGGUGAUGAAGGAGCUGAUCCGGUUCGACGAAGAGACCCAGAGGACAUUCCUCAAGGAGGUGAAGGUCAUGAGAUGCCUGGAGCACCCCAAUGUGCUCAAGUUCAUCGGGGUACUCUAUAAGGACAAGAGGCUCAACUUCAUCACGGAGUACAUCAAGGGGGGCACCCUCCGGGGCAUCAUCAAGAGCAUGGACAGCCAGUAUCCGUGGAGUCAGAGGGUGAGCUUUGCCAAGGACAUCGCUUCAGGGAUGGCCUACCUUCACUCCAUGAACAUCAUCCACCGGGACCUCAACUCCCACAACUGCCUGGUCCGAGAGAACAAGAACGUGGUGGUGGCCGACUUCGGGCUGGCCCGGCUCAUGGUGGAAGAGAAGACACAGCCCGAAGACCUGCGAAGCCUCAAGAAGCCGGACCGCAAAAAGCGAUACACGGUGGUGGGCAACCCCUACUGGAUGGCGCCUGAGAUGAUCAAUGGCCGCAGCUAUGACGAGAAGGUGGAUGUGUUUUCCUUUGGAAUCGUCCUGUGCGAGAUCAUUGGGCGGGUGAAUGCGGAUCCCGAUUACCUGCCCCGCACCAUGGACUUUGGCCUCAAUGUGCGAGGCUUCCUGGACCGUUACUGCCCCCCAAACUGUCCACCGAGCUUUUUCCCCAUCACUGUGCACUGCUGUGAUCUGGACCCUGAGAAGAGGCCCUCCUUCGUGAAGCUGGAGCAGUGGCUGGAGACCCUCCGCAUGCACUUGGCCGGCCACCUGCCACUGGGCCCGCAGCUAGAGCAGCUGGACAGGGGCUUCUGGGAGACCUACCGGCGCAGCGAGAGUGGACUGCCUGCCCACCCCGAGGUCCCCGACUGAGCCCCGGCCGCCCCCGUCCCCACCGCCGGCACCCACUCCUCUGCGGGUCGUGGCCGGCUGUGGAGCCCUCGGCCAGGCGGCAGGCGCCCAGACUCCUCCCCCAGUGCCAGGCCCCGACUGGCCUCCUCUGUCCCAGGGGCCGUGGCCCCUGCCCCAUCUCUGCCCCUGGCCCCAGAGCUGGCCUGGCUGCAUACACACCGUCACCUCGCCCUGCCUUACCUCUGUCUUGGUGGGGCCAACCCCUCUCGCUUCUCCUCGCAUGAGCUGGAGGGCCCGCGUGAGUCCCGCCCCAUCCUGCACCCCGCCGCCCCCAGCUGUCCCAUGCACACCCCAUCUGUCCGCAGCCCCUCUGAGGCCGGGCUGGUAGACAGCCUCGGCCCGGGCCCACUGACGGCUGGGUACGUAGGGGAGGGCGCGGGGUGGGGGAGAGGCCGCAUUGCUGGGGUGAGUCAGCCCCCCGGCGGGGUGUCUCAGUAGCCACAGGUAUUGAUAAUUACCCAAACCCCCAAACACAGAGAGGUCUGCCCCUGUGGAACGGAAGUCCCCGGUCGCUCAGCCACAGGCCUCUCUUGCUUUGGGUCUCCAUUUCUUUCUUGAAGCCACUUUAGUGAGAAGCAGGUACCAGGCCUCAGGGUGAAGGGAGGGUCCGCUGGGGGAGAAGGGAGUCACAUCCCUGGGUCAGAGCUGCCGGGAGGAGCCACAGAGGGACGCUGGGCCAAGCGACGAGGCAGGUGUCCACCAGCAUCCCAACCCCCGCAGUUCAUCUCAGUACCCCUCCCGGGCUUCUCCCCCAGGCUCCCCCCGCCACCCAUGGCCCUCUGUCCUCUGGGUUCUUUCUGUGUAAUCUAUUUUUUAAGAAGAAUUUGUAUUAUUUUUUCAUACGGCUGCAGCAGCUGCUGUCGGGGGGCUUGGGGUUUUAUUUUUCUGGCGGGCGGGGGUGGGGGGGCCAUUUUGUCACUUUGCCUCAGUUGAGCGUCUAGGAAGUAUUAAAACUGUGAAGCCUUCUCAGUGCACUUUGAACCUGGAAAACAAUCCAAACAGGCCCAUGGGACUACGAGUCCGGAAGGUGGGACGCGUCCCCUCCGUCCAGGAGUCGUGAUGUCUAAAGAACAAAACCCAGACUCAGAACAAUAAAGUAAAUUCCAUACUCCCC